AUGAGUUCCCAACCACCAUCACAAUCUCCAACAACUACAAAGAGCAAGGGAAAAGUUUCCCAAAACUCCCAACCCUCACAAGGUUUAAAGGCACAUUGGGACACAAAAUCCAUUAAAAUUUUUGUCAAACUUUGUGUGGAGCAAGUGAAAGCAGGUCACAGACCUGGUACACACUUAGAUAGGGUUGGUUGGGAAGCAGUUAUUAACAAGUUCAAAAUUGUAACUGGAAAGUCAUAUUGGAAUUUGAAGCUGCAGAGGUAUCCUGAUGCGGCCAGAUUUUGUGAUAAGCCAUUGAUAUUGGCUGAUGACAUAGACAUAGUAUUCUUCGAUGUUUCUGCAACUGGUGAGUGGGCAUACAUCCCAAGCUCUGGAAGGUAUCCUGAUGCGGCCAGAUUUUGUGAUAAGCCAUUGAUAUUGGCUGAUGACAUAGACAUAGUAUUCUCCGAUGUUUCUGCAACUGGUGAGUGGGCAUACAUCCCAAGCUCUGGAGUAUUUCUUGACACUGAGGGAUCUCACACCCCGCUUGGUGAUGAUACUGAUACGGAAAUCCAUCAUUCUGAAUUGUGCAACCAAUUUUGUCGUUAA